CUGUGGUUGGGUGUUGCUGGAGUCGGUGCCCCACUCUUAAGGUUCCCCGGAGCGGGGGCGGCGGAGCAGCUGCGGGACGAUAUUAUUGUGUGGUUUGAAUCAGGAAUGAAAUCUUCUGAAAGCUAAAAGCAGAAGCCUUUGUGGUCAACAUGGAGGACAAGAGGCGGCGAGCCCGCGUGCAGGGCGCCUGGGCUGGCCCUGCUCGGAGCCAGGCCAUGGCUCAGCCAGCUCCCACUGCUAAGAGCCAUCUCCACCAGAGGCCUGGUCAGACCUGGAUGAACAAGGAGCAUAUUCUGUCGGACAGACAGUUUGUGUUCAAAGAACCGCAGGAGGUAGUACGCAGAGCCCCAGAGCCUCGAGUGAUCGACAAAGAGGGUGUAUAUGAAAUCAGCUUAUCAGCCACAGGCGUAUCUAGGGUGCGUUUGUAUCCUGGCUUUGUGGACGUGAAAGAAGCCGACUGGGUGUUGGAACAGCUUUGUCGGGAGGUUCCCUGGAAACAGAGGACGGGCGUCAGAGAGAAUGUAACUUACCAGCAACCAAGACUUACAGCAUGGUAUGGAGAACUUCCUUACACUUAUUCAAGAAUCACUAUGGAACCAAAUCCUCACUGGCAUCCUGUGCUGCACAAACUGAAGAACCAGAUUGAAGAGAACACUGGCCACACCUUCAACUCCUUGCUCUGCAAUCUUUACCGAAAUGAAAAGGACAGCGUGGACUGGCAUAGCGAUGACGAACCCUCACUAGGGAGGUGCCCCAUCAUUGCCUCGCUCAGUUUUGGCGCCACACGCAUGUUUGAGAUGAGAAAGAAGCCCCCACCCGAAGAGAAUGGAGACUACACAUAUGUGGAGAGAGUGAGGACCCCCCUGGAUCACGGGACCUUGUUGAUCAUGGAAGGAGCCACCCAAGCUGACUGGCAGACCCUAGAGGGGCGCACUGCUGAUGUGAGAUCUUUGAGAGAGAAGCCAUGUGAGACUGAGCAAACCUUCCACGUGAGGAGACUUCGAGGGGCUGGCUCAGCUGAGCUCGUGGUGUGGCUGUUUGGAAGAUGAGGAGGAGACUCGCUCCCCAGCCUGGAGUCCUGUUAAAUGAGAGCCAGCAGUCAUGUUCUACUGUGUUUAUUGUGGGAGCAGUAAUCCCUGAUCACAUCUUGAAAUCACAUAUUUCCUUUAGGCAAAUUGAAAACGGCUGUGGCCGUGCUCGCAGAUGAUUUUUGUCCAUGAGCAGUGUUCCCCCUGCCCUCCCUUGCCUCAUUUGGAGAAAUGUGAGUGGACUUUGCCCCUGAGGUAAAUCCGCGUGUGUUUGUUCCUUGUGACUUGAGCGCGGUGCAGAUAUAAAUAUGCGUCAGUGACUCUGGAGUCUUCCGUAGGCAGACAGCUGCUGAAAUCCAAACAGAGGUGGUUUCACAGAGCCUUGUUCAAGUCGGCCUCGACUCCUUAACAUCCCGCUUGUGUGCUGUUGUAAUGGAAAGCUGCAGACUCUGGAGCGCUUUAUUUCACUGCGUCUCCUGCCUGUCUUCCCAGGACUCACUCAGACAGGUUACAGGCCUCCGAGUAAAGAGCGAAGGCAGUCUUCUCUGGUCCAGCCAUCUCCAGGCAGCACCUGGACCACUUGUAAUACGAGAGAACACUGUCGCCUCAAAAGGAGGACUAACUGAGUGAUGUCAUGAGAAUGUAGGCUGAAGAACAGCAAAGGCCCUGCCAGCGACAGCUGUUCCACAUAGAUGAGUUUCCCCUGGAGAGUUACUUGAGUCAUUUAAAGCCCAGCCAGACAGAAGCAGGAGUGGUCCUGCGGGGAACAGACUCAGUUACCUAAUAGUUGUGUUCGCUUUAGAUUUCAGGAGCCUGAUGACUAAGGCUUUCUUCUGACCCAGUGUUCUCUUAGACACAAGUUCCCGAGAUCCAGGGGUCAGUCCAUGAUGUCACCAAGGUUCCCAAAACAGAACAGAGAGGCUGCCCCUUAUUGCAUCAUAAAAGCACGUGUCGUCUUGACCUCCUGACUUAGGAGCAGUGUGCCAGAUUAAUUCCAAACCAAGAUAGGGAAAACCUGAGAGAAAGAAAGAAAAUGGAUUUAAAUGGAUGAAAAUAAGGCAAGAGAGUUAGCGUUUCCCCAGCUGCCUGUUGGGAAAACUUACAGAGCCUUGCUUUUGAUGUUGUUUCCAUUCCAUGCUGUAAGACUGAUGAUGCCCAUGAUCGGGGGCUGGUGCCAGAGGCUGGACAAGCUCUUCCCCAGCAGUCAGACGGAGUGCCAGGCCUGGCCGGGCUCUGUCCUCGGACGAGCUCGCGGGCGUCUUGCAUUGGAGGCCCAUGGUUCUUUUUCAACGUUGCAUGUGUAUAGCUCCUUUCUCUAAGGAAUGCUAAAUGCUUUGUAAAAUCGGAGCGUCAUACUAAGCCUUUCUGUAAGGAAGAUAUAAAUCACCAGAAAAAUAAAAUAAAGCCUCUAAUUCCGAACUUUUCCCCUAGAAAAACAAAACCUGGCCAGGGUGGUACAGCCAGUUCUGGUUACGAGUUUGAUGCACAACAUUGGGAAAUUCCUCUUCUAUUCCCACAAAUGGAGGAACUGGGAGAUGGCUCACGUCUUCCGGCAUCCCUCCUGAUGUCGGGUCAUGCUCUCUGCCCGUGUCAGCCGCAGAGUUGAUCCUUCACUCAUCACGGCCUGUCUGUCAGGGGUGUGGACUCCUACCCUGCAGCAGACAGCUUGGCCACCACCUAGGUGUCUUCAUCUGAGCGCAGCAGUCUGAGGUUUUGUUUCUUGCUGUCAAAUGCCACACCUGUCACUACUAAGAUAAUGUCCCUUCUGAAAUGUCAAGUAGCUACUUGCCGUAGGGAAAAAGUGCAGGGUUUAGACAGGACAGGAGUUCCGGCCCUUGGCAAAGGACAGCCAGGCUCAGGGACUGCACCAGCCUGUUGCUGUGUUGUACUGGUGGCAGAUCUUAACUGGGAAUUAGAGGUGAGGCUAUUUUUGCCCACAUUACUUAUAAAGCAGAGGAAGCAAAUAUAACGGCUAUAGCAUGAGGAAGAACAGGUUGAGUUUUUUAGCUGCCCUUUGUUUGAGCUGUAAUAACCUGCCAGGCACUGUCCUAGGAGCUCUUUAUACAUAAUCCUUAAUCCUCCCCACAGCCCUGCAAGAAGGAGAUACUACUCCCAUUGUGGAGAGGGCAAGUAAGUUUCCAGGAGGUUAAGUAAUUAACAAGACUUCUAAGUGGCAGAACCAGAAUUCAAACCACAGGCCACUCUCUCACUGUGUGCUUUUUCCUCUGCCGCGCUGAAUUUAGGCAGAAGAGUCUGCUGGGCACCCCUGGGACCCUGGGCCUCCGGGCCUGCUCCUGCAGAGCUGGCACCCAGCUCAGCCUGGUACCCUGGGCAGAGCUGACUCCAGGCCGCGUGGUUUGUUCCCUGGCUUUCCUGUGCAUCAGGGCAGGCACUGGCACCUCGUCUGUCCUUAAUCAACAUUAGCAUCUCCUAGUCAGAAAGUGCUGCCAGCUGGACUAGUCAUUGGUCAUUUGUGCUGGGGAAGCUCAUUUCGGGGGACAGAAUCCAAUUUCUGGCAAGUUAGACAAAUUCUCAUCCAACAUUCCUGGCAAGUGACUGCGAACAGUGUUUCCUGACCAAGCAAAUCUCCAGAGGUAGACAGUGGUCCCUUCAUUCUUACCUGUGAGUAUGUUUGGGGACUCUCAGUGAGGCCCAGCUCAGCAUCAGGCUUCUUCACUGUAUCUGCCAGCACCAUGACUGCAAUCAGGAGACAGCCCAAAGAAACAGGGCAGGCUGCACACGGAAGAUGUCCUGACAAGAGGCAACGUGCGUGAGAGCGCGGGUCGGGAGAGGGUGACCCCUCACAGCAGAUAGUAUCCCCGGUAUGGAAGUCAGGAUCCAUGUUGUUGUCAUUGACAACCGCUAACAGGUGACGUUGAUGGUUCCUGAUAGGUUUGGUCCCAGCUCAUAUACUCGCCAUGUCCUCGUGGCACUCGCUCCCUGCUGCCUUCAUGCCUGCCAUGCCCCUGCCCUGGCGAGUGGCAGGUCUGUUUGGACCUGGUCAGUAAGUGGCACCGUCUCCUGAAUCGUGUCAUGACAACCCCAAGAGAGUUAAGUGGGCGCUGAGAGGAGCAGAAUGCUCCAGCUGGAGGGCUUCAGAGAAAGCCGUGAUAUGACAGGGCCCUGCCCUGCCGGGAAUAUUUCUUCCUGGAGCUCUGGCGGCUUUUACUUGGCUGCAGAAUAUCUGAGACCCACUUUGCCUUUUCUGGUCAUAAACACUUGUAGUGUUGAA